CCCCUCUCCCCGCCGCUGCCGACGCCGAACAGAUGCUUUAAAACUUAGCAGCGUAAAGUCACUUUCCUGUCAUCUUUGCACUUUGGCAAAUCAAGAGACUAACUAGAAUUCCUCAGCACAUCAAUUUCCAAAAUGUCUACUGCAGACCUUUCCCUAUUUACAUACCCUAAUGAUACCCCCUUUGUAGAGUUGGAUUGUACCUCUGCAUUUAAUGCUUUGACUGAUAAAGAAAAGCUGUAUGCCCAUUACUUGAGCCAAGCAUCGUGGUAUGGAGGUCUAAUCGUUUAUGUUCAAACCUCUCCUGAAGCACCAAUUAUUUUUUCAUUACUUCAUAGAUUAAUCACAGCAGAGGGUGUUGAAGAUCUUAAACGUACUGCCACAGAAGAUGGUAAAGCCUCAGAAGAAGAUGUAAAGGCACUUCUUGUGUACAUUGCUGGGGUGUUUGCUAACAGUGGAAACUACAAAGGGUUUGGAGACAGUAAAAUAGUACCAAAUUUACCUAAAGAGCGCCUUGAGGCGAUUGUUCUUUCAAGUGCUGCUUACAAAGCUGACCCUACAGUUAUCCAAGCUUUGUGGUCUGCCUGUGCUGAAAGUAUUUAUUCACUAGAGCCACUGCAGCAGCAUUUAGGUUUCAGUGACAAGGGUAUUACAACAUAUUUCACCCCAAAUUGUACUCUUAAGGAUUCUGAGUUGGUUGGUAAUUUUAUGAAAAAAUACAACCUUGAGGGUUACAAUAAUAGAUUAUUUAAGUAUGAGGAUGGUUCAAGCACAACUUAUGAGAUCCGCAUGGCAUCUGUGUUGGAGAAACACGAGAGCGAACCUUUUUUGAUGUCUGACACUACCUAUGAAGGCUGUACUUUCAGAGUCACACGGGGAGACUAUUCAGGUCUUUUGGAUUUAGUCUGUCAUAAUUUGGAAAAAGCCAAGGAGUAUGCAUCAAAUGAUCUUGAGACAAAAAUGUUAGAACAAUACAUUAAGAGCUUCCGUACUGGUUCUUUGGAUGCACACAAAAGUGGUUCAGGCAUUUGGAUAAAAAAUAAGGGCCCAGUAGUUGAAACGUACAUUGGUUUCAUUGAAACAUACAGAGAUCCAGCUGGAAUGAGAGGAGAAUUUGAAGGCUUUGUCGCAAUGGUCAACAAAGAAAUGUCUGCAAAGUUUGGUGCUCUUGUUGCUAAUGCAGAAUCAUUGCUGAAAGAGCUCCCAUGGCCUUCAACAUUUGAAAAAGAUCAAUUCCUGAAACCUGACUACACCUCUCUUGAUGUCUUAACCUUUUCAGGGUCUGGCAUUCCAGCUGGAAUUAACAUUCCAAACUAUGAUGAGAUUCGCCAAUCGGAGGGUUUCAAGAAUGUAUCCCUUGGUAAUGUUAUCCCAACUAGCUUCAAAGGUUUUAGACAUCAGUUCCUUUCUGAUGAGGAUGUUGCCCUGAUGGACAAGUAUGCUGUGACAGCAUUUGAGGUGUGCGUGGGGCUACAUGAACUGCUUGGACAUGGAAGUGGAAAGCUCUUUAGAAAAGAGGGUGGCAAAUACAAUUUUGAUAUUGAGAGUGUUGUGAAUCCUUUGACCAAUGGAAAGAUUACUGCAUGGUAUGAUGAAGGUGACACGUAUGAUUCCAAAUUUACCUCUCUGGGUUCAGCGUAUGAAGAAUGCCGGGCUGAAUGUGUUGGACUCUACUUGUCACUGAAUGAGAAUGUUCUGAAGAUAUUUGGAGCUGAAGGUGACGACGCAGAAAAUGUUUUGUAUAUUAACUGGUUGAACAUGUUCUGGGCUGGUGGUGCCAAGGCCCUUGAAAUGUAUUCUCCAGCUUCUAAAACAUGGUUACAGUCUCACUCUCAAGCAAGAUAUGUUAUCUUGCGUGUUUGCUUAGAGGCAGGAGAAGACUUUGUGAAGAUAACCGAGACAGAACCAGGAAAAAACCUGCUUCUAACUCUUGAUAGGUCUAAAAUUAAGACUGUUGGCAAAAAAGCUAUUGGGGACUUCCUGACAAAACUUCAGGUCUACAAGUCUACUGGAGAUGUGAAGAGUGCCCAGGAUAUGUUCAACAAGUAUUCAGAAGUUUCUGAUGAUGGUGUUUAUCCAUGGGCCACUUGGCGGUCCAUUAUUCUCGCUCAUAAACAGCCCCGCAAAAUCAUGGUGCAACACAACACGAAACUAAAUGGUAGUACAGUUGAUCUUCUGAAGUACCCUGCCACACCUGAGGGCUUCGUCCAGUCCUGGUCAGAAAGGUUCCCAUCAUCAAAGGUUGACAGCCUCCUCCAGACUCUCUGGAAGAAGGAUGCCAAGAAUUUCUAUGCUGAGCCUCCUGCCCAACUUGCUGCCGUUUGCUAAGUUUGCAUUUACUGCAAAUAUAUUCUUUUCUUUUUGUCAAUUGUAUGUGAAUAAUUUUUAUUGUUGUUUUUAAUUAAUUGAAAGCCAAACACAUGGCUAUUAAAAUAUAUUUUUUCAUGUAUA